AUGCCAUCGGUGCAUUCGUCCCUGCCUUCUGUCCUGAACCUCUUCCUGCUCCUCCUCACGCCGCAGACGACUGCCCAUCCCACACAACGGACGGAUCCAGGUGCAGGGGUACCGCCGGCAUUACCCCCUUCCGUUCCGGUUCGGGCUCCGAGCCUUCGCUAACAAACUCUAGACCCCCCUCGACCUCCUCCGCCGAGACCUGCAAACCCGCUCAAUAUCCGACUUCUUCACAACCCCAACCAUAAUCGCUCUCGCGGCGGGAGGCUCUUCGUUUCUACUGUUGAUAGUCCUCCUCUGCGUUUGCUGCCACCGGAAGCGGAAGCAGGGUCGAGAAAUUCUCGCCGCCUACGAGGCCCCGGACAGGACACCAUAUGAAUCAAUCCGGCUACGGGAGAGGGGGUCCACUGGUUCUGCUUCUCCACCGGCAGUGGAGAAAUCGGGUGCUCGGAAGGACGAUUUGCAAGUACGCGUUAGCGCAGUAGUGGUGCCGGUGGAAGGGUACUCGCCCAGGAGCAGCAGUUUGGGGGCGAGGGGAGCACAGGGGGUUAGCGUUCCCGGAAGGGUCCUUGUCAGGGGAAAUGGAGGGUGGGAGAGAGAGGCCGGAGGCAUUCCCCCGCCUGCUUCGCCGUUUAGGCCUCGGCCUGCACCUUCUUUCUCGCCCUAUUCACCUACGAAUUCUCCAACACCGCCGAUUCCUCCGUAUGAACCGCCCUCGCCGUGGCCUGCCCCCGGACCCUAUGGACGCGCUGGGGGAGUGGCUAUUGGUGGAGCCUUGUAG